UACGAAGAUUCAUUGAAGGCAACAUAAAACUACCGCUUCUGGCCCUCAAAGCGGCCGUUGCUGAGUUCUGUGCUGCAGGUCCGAGUCCUGCUGCCUUCCCGGAUUUGCCCACCUUGUUGCUGUUUGACCUGUCGAAUGGUCCGGCUUUGACACACACACACACACACUGAUACUAAACACUGAGCUCACUGAGCUCCCUGCACAGUCCCUCUUUUUCCCCCCAGGACCUCUGCAUGUCUAAUAUUUAGACAUGUUCAGCUACCUGGAUUCAAGGACUCUACUGCUACUUGCAGCCACCCAGGUCUGCUUUUUAGCCCUGGUCAGAUGUCAGGAGGACGGCAACCAGGACGCCUUUAGCUGUACGCAAGACGGCGAGCGCUAUAGCGACAAAGACGUGUGGAAGCCCGAGCCGUGUCGCAUCUGCGUGUGCGACACGGGGACCGUCUUGUGUGACGAGAUUGUCUGCGAGGAGCUCAGAGACUGCCCCAAACCUGAAAUCCCCUUUGGAGAGUGUUGCCCCAUCUGCGCCGCCGACCCAUCGCCGCCAAUUGGAACACCAGGAUCUAAGGGCCAAAAAGGUGAACCCGGAGAUAUCACUGAUGUUGUAGGACCAAGAGGACCAUCUGGCCCAAUGGGCCCCCCAGGAGAGCAGGGACACAGAGGACCCCGAGGGGAAAAGGGAGAGAGGGGAACCACCGGUCCCCGUGGCAGAGAUGGCGAGCCUGGAACCCCCGGAAACCCUGGACCCCCUGGACCUCCAGGACCAAACGGACCCCCUGGCCUUGGCGGGAACUUUGCUGCUCAGAUGGCAGGCGGCUUUGACGAGAAGGCUGGCGGCGGAGCUCAGAUGGGCGUGAUGCAAGGACCCAUGGGCCCAAUGGGUCCCAGAGGAGCACCUGGCCCCACCGGAGCUCCUGGCCCUCAAGGUUUCCAAGGCAGUCCGGGAGAGGCUGGAGAGUCUGGACAAGCUGGCCCCUCGGGACCCCGUGGACCCCCGGGACCUUCUGGGAAACCUGGAGAUGAUGGCGAGCCUGGCAAAUCCGGAAAAUCUGGCGAACGUGGACCUUCAGGACCUCAGGGAGCUCGUGGAUUCCCAGGAACUCCCGGCCUGCCAGGCAUCAAAGGACACAGAGGUUAUCCAGGUCUGGAUGGCACCAAGGGAGAGACGGGAGCUCUUGGAUCCAAGGGAGAAUCUGGUGCUCCAGGAGAGAAUGGAGCCCCUGGACCCAUGGGACCUCGGGGUUUGCCCGGUGAGAGAGGUCGCCCUGGACCCAGCGGCGUGGCUGGUGCUCGUGGCAAUGAUGGUUUGUCCGGCCCUGCUGGUCCCCCGGGACCUGUUGGUCCUUCUGGAGCUCCGGGCUUCCCAGGCUCUCCUGGUGCAAAGGGAGAAGCUGGUCCGACUGGAGCUCGUGGCCCCGAGGGUGCUCAGGGACCCCGUGGAGAGUCCGGCACUCCCGGCUCAUCUGGACCUUCUGGCGCUUCCGGAAACCCAGGUACUGAUGGCAUCCCUGGAGCCAAAGGAUCCUCUGGUGCUCCCGGUAUCGCCGGAGCUCCGGGUUUCCCCGGACCCCGUGGUCCUCCCGGGCCUCAGGGAGCGACCGGACCUCUCGGGCCCAAAGGAACAUCUGGAGACCCUGGUAUCACAGGAUUUAAGGGAGAGGCGGGACCUAAAGGAGAGUUUGGGCCAGCAGGUCUUCAGGGAGCCGUCGGCCCCCAGGGCGAAGAGGGUAAGAGAGGACCCAGAGGCGAGGCCGGUGCCGCUGGACCACUUGGACCUCCAGGAGAGAGGGGAGCUCCUGGUAACCGUGGUUUCCCAGGUCAAGAUGGUCUGGCUGGUCCCAAGGGUGCCCCUGGUGAGCGCGGACCCUCUGGCGCCAGCGGGCCCAAAGGUGCUGGCGGCGACCCAGGCCGUCCCGGAGAGUCCGGUCUGCCGGGUGCUAGAGGUCUUACCGGACGUCCCGGUGAUGCUGGACCUCAAGGCAAAGUGGGACCUUCUGGAGCGUCUGGUGAGGACGGCCGCCCAGGACCCCCAGGGCCACAGGGCGCCCGUGGACAGCCUGGCGUCAUGGGAUUCCCUGGACCAAAGGGAGCGACUGGUGAGCCUGGCAAGUCUGGGGAGAAAGGACUUGGUGGAGCUCAUGGUCUGAGAGGUCUACCUGGCAAAGAUGGAGAAACCGGUGCUGCUGGACCCCCCGGACCUGCUGGUCCUGCUGGCGAGAGAGGGGAACAAGGGCAGCCUGGGCCCUCUGGUUUCCAGGGUCUGCCCGGCCCCCCCGGUCCUCCAGGUGAGGGAGGCAAGCCUGGAGAUCAGGGUGUUCCUGGAGAGGGUGGAGCUGCCGGUGCCACUGGACCCAGAGGAGAGCGAGGUUUUCCUGGAGAGAGAGGAGGUGCCGGUCCUCAGGGUCUGCAGGGACCCAGAGGUCUGCCCGGAACUCCUGGAACUGAUGGAGCCAAGGGAGCUAUUGGACCCGCUGGUGGUGCUGGAUCUCAGGGACCGCCUGGUCUGCAGGGUAUGCCUGGAGAGAGAGGAGGCUCUGGUAUCCCUGGACCGAAAGGAGAUAGAGGUGACCUUGGGGAGAAAGGACCUGAGGGUGCUGCAGGAAAAGAUGGCGGCAGGGGUCUUACUGGUCCCAUCGGCCCUCCUGGUCCUGGUGGCCCAAAUGGAGAGAAGGGUGAAUCAGGUCCUGCUGGUCCUUCUGGAGCUGCUGGUACUCGUGGUGCUCCUGGUGACCGAGGUGAGACCGGACCCCCUGGGCCUGCUGGCUUUGCUGGACCACCAGGUGCUGACGGCCAACCUGGACUCAAGGGAGACCAGGGAGAAUCCGGGCAGAAGGGUGACGCCGGUGCCCCCGGACCUCAAGGACCAUCUGGUGCUCCUGGGCCUGCUGGUCCGACUGGAGUUUCUGGACCUAAGGGUGCACGCGGUGCUCAAGGACCUUCUGGCGCCACUGGUUUCCCUGGAGCCGCUGGCCGUGUUGGACCCCCCGGGCCCAAUGGUAAUCCUGGACCUGCUGGUCCCGCCGGCCCCUCCGGCAAAGAUGGACCCAAAGGCGUGAGGGGAGACGGUGGCCCCCCUGGCAGACAAGGUGAUGCUGGGCUUCGUGGUCCCGCUGGAACCUCCGGAGAGAAGGGAGACCCCGGAGAGGACGGCCCCCCUGGUGCUUUAGGUCCUUCCGGUCCUCAGGGUUUGGGCGGCCAGCGUGGAAUUGUGGGUCUUCCUGGACAGCGAGGUGAACGAGGUUUCCCCGGCCUGCCUGGACCUUCUGGUGAGCCUGGAAAGCAAGGUGCUCCUGGUGGGGGCGGAGACCGCGGACCCCCCGGACCGGUUGGACCACCCGGACUCACUGGACCUUCAGGAGAGCCAGGCAGAGAGGGCAACGCUGGAUCUGAUGGACCUCCUGGUAGAGACGGUUCUCCUGGAAUCAAGGGUGACCGUGGUAACACAGGUCCUGUUGGUGCCCCCGGUGCUCCAGGAGCCCCUGGUGCCUCCGGCCCAGUUGGUCCUACUGGAAAACAAGGAGACCGAGGAGAGGCUGGGGCACAAGGACCUGCUGGGUCUCCUGGACCUGCUGGAGCCAGAGGAAUGCCCGGACCCCAAGGACCCCGGGGGGAUAAGGGUGAGGGCGGAGAGUCCGGUGAGAGAGGACAGAAGGGACACCGAGGUUUCACCGGUCUUCAGGGUCUUCCCGGACCUCCAGGUCAAUCUGGGGACCAGGGUGCUACUGGACCUUCUGGACCUUCUGGACAAAGAGGACCACCAGGACCUAUUGGACCAGCUGGAAAGGACGGUUCAAACGGUCUGCCCGGACCCAUCGGACCCCCUGGACCACGUGGUCGCGGUGGAGAUACCGGUCCCUCUGGUCCUCCUGGAAACCCCGGACUCCCCGGUCCACCCGGCCCCCCCGGCCCCGGCAUCGACAUGUCCGCUUUCGCCGGCUUGGGUCAGACAGAGAAGUCCCCCGAUCCUCUCCGGUACAUGAGAGCCGACCAGGCCUCCGGAAACCUGCGGCAGCACGACGCCGAGGUGGACGCCACGCUCAAAUCCCUCAACAACCAGAUCGAGAACAUCCGCAGCCCGGAAGGUUCCAAGAAGAACCCGGCUCGCACCUGUCGGGACCUCAAGCUCUGCCAUCCUGACUGGAAGAGCGGAGAGUACUGGAUCGACCCCAACCAGGGCUGCACCGUGGACGCCAUCAAGGUCUUCUGCAACAUGGAGACGGGCGAGUCCUGUGUCCGCCCUAAACCUUCCAGCAUUCCUCGCAAGAACUGGUGGUUCAGCAAGAGCAAGGACCGCAAACACGUUUGGUUUGGAGAGACCAUGAAUGGAGGAUUCCACUUCAACUACGGCGACGACAACCUGGCGCCCAACACGGCCGCCAUCCAGAUGACCUUCCUGAGGCUGCUGUCCACCGAGGCCUCCCAGAACCUGACCUACCACUGCAAGAACAGCAUCGCCUACAUGGACGCGGCUGCGGGCAACCUGAAGAAGGCCAUGCUGCUGCAGGGCUCCAACGACGUGGAGAUCCGUGCCGAGGGCAACAGCCGCUUCACGUACAGCGUGAUGGAGGACGGCUGCACGAGACACACAGGCAAGUGGGGCAAGACAGUGGUGGAGUACCGAUCGCAGAAGACCUCUCGCCUGCCCAUCGUGGACAUCGCCCCCAUGGACAUCGGAGGAGCCGACCAAGAGUUCGGCGUGGAAGUGGGCGCCGUCUGCUUCUUGUAGAAGAACACAGGACGGAGAAGCAACGAGGCGCAAAAUAGGAGAAAAAAUCAAGACACUUUUUUAGAAAAAAAUAAUAAUUUUUAUGGAAACAGGACUUAUUCCCCCCCCAAGCCCUCCCAGGUGGACUCAGUAGGAUUCUGCACUGACCAGCAUCUCAGCCUCCAGGCCCGACAGGAAGUACAAAGCAGGCAAGACGAGCGAGGAAAACUUCAUGCGUCGACGUGCUAUUUAUUUAUUGUUUCUGUCGGGCUCACCCCGCCGUAAAAAGCUCACUUAGGAAAGAAAAAAAAAAAACACCUUUUCUUCCCUCUCUUCCUUCUGCCCGCUUUUCGCCUCCAUGUUAAUGAUCCGGGAUUACAGCGUAUGCUAAAAUGGUGCUAAAUAUACAUAUAUAUUUUUUCUUUUCAUUGACCAGGUGCUAACUUUGUGUUUUAGCCACGCCCUCCUUUGCUCAACAUAAUAAAAAAAUCACUUUACAUUUUUUGUCAAAGCUACCUCACAGCGCACACAAAAGUAAAUAAAUCUAAAGAUUAAAUGCAGCUCUGUGACCUUUGACCCUCCCAUGCUCGCCCCUUACAUUAGGGACCCCCUGCCCCCCUCCACCCUAGCCCCCUACCAGAGGGCCAGAGGUUGUGUAUAUUUUUUAUGAUGAUGAAUAAUAGUGUUAUUAUUGAUAAUAGCGUCAUUAUAUUAAUAUUAUGAUCAUGACUUGUCUUUUUGUUACGUUUUUAAUUAAGUGUAAAUUGGAAAAUAAAAGAGAAAACCAAGCGACCAGGCUGAUGUUGUGUUUCAUGUAAAGAAGAUUUCAAGCUGAGAGGAAGACCGAGUCCUCACCUUGUACGUCCUCGUUUUAUUUCCUCACUCCAAGAGAAAUAAAAGUCACAAGCAUUCCA